GGGGCGAGAGCGGACGGCGCAGCGGAAGGCGCGGGGUCCCGGCAGACCCGGAGCUCAGGUCCCUCAGGUCGCAGUCCAGCCCGGGGGACGGGCGUGGGGCGACGGGCACGGUCAUGCCUCGCCGGACACUCGUGAAGUACAGAAACGGAGGGAGGGGGUGCGAGUGAGAAGGGCGACCAGAGCCGGAGAUCAGCCCCCGGACGCCUGGAAUUGUUUAGAGUUGCUUCUGAAACAUCGGAAGACCUAGCCAGCCACACGGAGUCUUUCCCACCCUAGCGUUAUUGUGCAAGGCCUGUGUGUGGACCCUGCCUCACCCCAGCCAUGGCCCCAGUCAGUAUCAACGAGCUCCCUGAGAACAUUCUGCUGGAGGUGCUCACGCACAUACCCGCCCGCCAGCUGCUCCUGUGCUGCCGCCUGGUCUGCAGCCUCUGGAGAGACCUCAUCGACCUGGUGACCCUCUGGAAGCGCAAGUGCCUGCGCGAGGGCUUCGUCACCGAGGACUGGGACCAGCCUGUGGCCGACUGGAAGAUCUUCUUCUUUCUGUGCAGUCUCCGCCGGAAUCUCCUACGCAAUCCGUGCGCUGAAGAGAAUAUGACAUCCUGGCAGAUUGACUCCAACGGCGGCGACCACUGGAAGGUGGAGAGCCUCCCCGGAGACCACGGGACGGAUUUUCCUGACUCCAGAGUCAAGAAGUACUUUGUCACAUCUUUUGCGAUGUGCCUCAAGUCCCAGCUGGUGGACCUCAGGGCCGAGGGCUACUGGGAAGAGCUUCUGGACACAUUCCGGCCUGACAUCGUGGUUAAGGACUGGUUCGCCGCCAGGGCAGACUGUGGCUGUACCUACUACAUCCGAGUACAGCUGGUCUCAGCCGACUACAUCGUCCUCGCCUCCUUCGAGCCCCCACCCGUGAUCAUCGACCAAUGGAACGAUGCCAAGUGGACGGAGGUCUCCUACACUUUCUCAGAUUACCCUCCGGGCGUCCGCCACAUCCUCUUCCAGCACGGGGGCAAAGACACCCAGUUCUGGGCAGGCUGGUAUGGGCCCCGCGUCACCAACAGCAGCAUCAUUAUUAGCCCGAAGAUGACCGGGAGCCGGCCCCCUGCGCAGCUCAGCCCGAGACCACAGAGGGAGCUGGGGUCCUCAGACUUCAGGGGACAUCAAGAUCACUAAGGAACGACCAGCAAUGUAGAUUCCCGGUUCCUCCACCCGAGAGGCCAAGCCCAUAGAUCCGAGCUGGACUGGGAGCCCAGGUGAUUUUACAAGCCCACCACACCAAGUCCAAAACUGGUGGGUGAAGACCGCCCCUCCCCGUCCCCCACCCCGCUGUCCUCUCUUGAGAACCACCUCGGAGCUGGCAGCCCCGGGACACGGCUCCAUCCUCCUCCCAGCACGGAGUGCCCAGGCGGGGUCAUGAGAAGCACGUGGCCACACGGUUCACACAACAAAGACCUGCUGUGUGCUAGGCACUGCCGUAAACAAGGUUAAGAGUGAGCUGUCAGCAACACCUCUACCUGCUCAGAACUGUGGCAUCUUGCUUUCAAAGCCUCCCAGCCCCCUCCCUGCACCCCCUCCCAGACGGGUUUCAUCUCACCUUGAU